CGCGCUCUAGUUUAGAACGUAUGGUAUGGUAUUUUAAAUUGUGUUCGUUAAUAAGGUUUUGGAAUUUGAAAUGUCUGUGGUUACCCGUGGCCGCGGUUCAUGGAAGAAACCUGAUACGGUAUGUAAACAUUUGGACAUGUUUACAUGUUUAUAAUUAUUGUUGUAUCUUAGCUUUGUAUUUUGUGAUCUAAGUAAGAGUAACUAUACAUUUUUAUGUAAUGUAUGUAAAAGCUAAAUUGUACAUGGUGCGACGACCCAGAGAUAUUCCAUAGUUCAUCAGUUGACAUUGAUAUUUGGGAUGUUAUUCUUCUUUGUUGAACAUUUAUUUGAGAUGUAUUGUUCCGUUUAUUACUGACUUCGCAUCAUGUAGUUACUGUUAGCUAUGGUCUUCGAGUAUUGAAUUCUCACCAGGUAAGAAAAGAGGUUGUUUAAUUAUUCUUCCUAGCUGAGAUGCUCGCUGGUCGGCAUAUUUUCGGGAGGAACGAGGGACUUAAGUUUUGAACUGCGGAGCGAAUGGACGUUCUCUGUGCGUGUGACAGUUCCUGGGUUCGGGAAUUGCGCGCAGAGGACAAGAAGAUACGUGGCUACCGCGUAAUUAGUUAUUUUUGAAGUCUGAUUCUUCGUCAUGCAGACUAUAGGGAGUCGCAUUUCGCAUUUAAGUUUACUACCGCGUCGGGCGAAUAUCCGUCCUUGCAAGACUUCCGAUCAUCUUCAUGCUGCAGUUCCUGUCUGCGCUGGUGAGACCUGCCCAAACUAAAUAUUUUUCAGCACACCCGGAAUGGCGUCAACAGUAGCUGUCAUCAUCAGUAUUGCUACUGGAUCGUAGUUUAGACUUUUAUUUCACAGCAAGACUGCUCGUAUAUCCUGGAAAGCUGAGGACGAGAUCAGUGGUCCAAGAAGAACGGAGUUUCAACUGCCCUCCCCUGAACUAAGCCGGACUAUUUUCUUACGAAUAACUUAUUUAUUAGCUAGAUGCUCAUGAAAUUCAAUUUAACCCUGAACAUUACUGGCAUUAGAUAUAGGUAUCAAUGGGUCGUCGCGUGCUAGGAAAAUUUGUAUAAAGUUUAGAGUUAUCAAAGUUAUCAUUUUUUUUGUCUUAUCUCCUUAUAAUAUUACUUAAUAAACUAUGAUGAAUUUAAAUGUUGUAAAUUUAUGAACCCGUAUGAUACUAUUUCACGUUGACCUGAUACUAGAUCACACACAUCCAUUAACAUCACAAAAUAAAUUAAAAUAUUUAAUUACAGAUGACCCAUCAAUGUGGAGCGGAAAGCAGUAAAUUCUUAUUCCAAUACAUUAAACACAAUAACGUGGGUCUGAAAUCUAGCCUAAAUUUGAUAGAUGGCGCACAACUACGGGGCCUCGAUUGUCCUAAGCCAUUUUCAGGAUAGGUGGUAGCCAUUUUGUUUAAUAACGUCCUCCUUCUCCCAUUUACCUUGUCCCUACAUCGAGGAAGGAGCUAUGUCAGGUGACGAAGGUACGUACUUUCUACGCCACAGAAGCAAAGCCGCAAACGACACCGAGGAAUGUGAGCAUAAUUCAACAGAAAAUCGUGAUAGUUCAUACAGCGAGGUUUUAUCGCCCGUUAGGUGUUACUUGGCUGAUAAUCAAAGUAAUAAAGUAACUGGGCAAGCAAGCGCCAUCGAUUCCCCAGAACAAAUUCCAUUUUCCAAAGAGAAAGAAAACCCGGUUAGUGCAGUAGAAAACACAUCACAGACGGGAACGAAUUUAACCACGAUGGAUGAUUUCAUGCGUGCUUUUAACACACUUUCUAAUCAGCUAAACGCGUCACUAACAUUGCAGACAAACAGUAUUUCAGAGGAAUUAACACGUCAAAGAGCUGAAGCGGCGGAACAAAGCGCAAAAAUAACCGAAAACCUAAAUAAAAUGCAAACGGAGGUAUUAGCGAGAGUAGACUAUAAGAUCUCUGAAUUCACGCAACACGUCACUGCACAAAUACAUAAUGUACGCGAAGAAGCACAAAAUUUUCGCGAUUCAGUCACCGCGAAAUUUACUUCUGUCGAAGUUCAGAUGCAAUGCAUGCAGCAAUCCAUAGAGAAUGCUGAAACCGUGUGCCAGGACACAGCUAGGCGGGUAGCAGAGGAAACAAUUACGCAAACCACAACUGGCAUGGAAAUACGUUUCGCUUACGUACAGCAAAUGCUACAGCAACACGAGACUGACACUACGCAAGAAUUUAAGACGGUAAUUAAUAAAAUCGAACGUUUGGAGAGUUUCGCACACAGGAUAUCUUUACAUGAUACUAACGCAUGUGUAGUGGAAUCGCCGUCAACACAACAACCCGAUCGUCACAUUCCGGCUUCGCCGUUGCGUACAGACAACCAGUCGGCAAGCACGGCAAACGUCAAACAAACCACGGCAAAAGGGCAAGGGAUAUUAGUUUUAGAUGCCGCCACUACGAUUAAUCAUCCUGCGCGUCAUUGGGCCGAAGAAAUGCCCACUUUUUCUGCAAAAACGAAUGAAAACCCUCGUAAAUUUCUAAAAUCAUUAGACGAAUAUGCUAACCGAUUUAACCUUACAGAAUCAGAGAAAAUGCGUUGUUUGAGUUCGUGCUUGAAAAGUACUGCGUACUACUGGUGGGAGGUUCACCAAGGCAGCACAGAAUCGUACAAUGAGUUUUGCCAACUAUUCCUACGCCAACACUGGAGUAUGAAAAUACAAGGAAACCUACGCGCGCAGCUGCAUAGCGAAAAAUUCGAUCCAAAGCGUGGCCGGUCAUUAGAGGCGCAUCUCAGUGACAUGUUCGAGCGAACGCGUUACUUGGACAUUGUUAUGAAUGACGAAGAAUUUAUAGCUUUGAUUUUGGGACAGUUGCCAAUGCGUUAUCAGCUGCAUCUUUCCGGCAGAAACUUUGAAAAUAUAUCUGAUUUUCGUGAGCAACUUCUAGCCUACGAUCGUUUGGACAGGCAAAGCCGUGCCAACACGAAUGUUCGAGAGGAAGGAGAGCGACAGCCGCAAAACAAGCAGCCGCCAUUGUACCAACCGUGGGUACGACGAAAUGACAACACGAACAAUACGAAUAUACAUCGUACACCACAGGCAAACACAUUAAUUUGGCGUCAAAACAAAACAAAUCACAGGCAAAAGCAGUGGUACCACGACAACGGAACCAAUGGUAACUAUCGUAGUAAUUGGCGACGUAAAGGUGCUGAUAAACAACCGUAUCCGAAUGCUUGGCAAAACAGGUAUAACAGUAAUAGGGAUCAGACUACACCACGUCGGGAAGAAGAUGUUAGGGGACCCGAUAGGACUCCGUCAUCUUCGCCUCAACGGCCUCCCAGGUCGCCGCGACAAGGAGAAUGCAGACGCGCGCCAAGGAAUUUUAAGCAAGACUACAUUCGGUCUAAGCUGCAAACACCGCAGUAUUAUGAUGAUCAUGGCGAGUCACAUUAUGGUAAGAAUUCUCAAAGUCCGCGGAACCGACUGCCACCUGAAACAAAUCCCUCUGGUCAGUUGCAAGUUACCCAACUACAAAGCACCGCAGCUUACAACGUUGCCAGUUCAACAUCAUUGCCUUCAUUCCGCAAAAAUCAUCCAUCGUCAUCGUUACAGCAACCCGGGUACUUCCAGAGACAAGAACCUGUCAACCCAACUUUUUUCUAUUCGAAUAGUCAAGGUAUUGAACCAAUACGCAGCAACGUCGCACAGCAGAACACUAAUUUUGUUGCGACGAAUCCUGAGACAUCUUUAAACCAGUAAGCAUCGGUGAUGGUAGUCCCCGAUCACCUAUCGCUACUGUUGACAAAGGGGUAAUCCAGUCGAAAAUUUAAAAAUAAAUGGUGAUUAACCCCCCAUGAAAUUUUGUCACACGAACGUUCGGAGGCCUUACCCACACUCUUAUUACCUAUAAUUGACAAGAAUAAGGAAGACAAUGAAGAGGACGCAAAUAAGCAAGAAGAAACGCGAGAGCAGUUGGAGGAGUUCGUCAGAGCGCGCCUUCACCUCGCCGCGGAACGUCGUAGAAGGGGACAGAAGAGAACACGCAAUGACAAACUUAAUAUUGGAGAUCUCGUUCUGAAAAAGUCAAAUCCUAUUAGUAAUUUAUGGCAACAAGUUACAAAGAAACUGUUUCUCCUGUAUGAAGGACCAUUUAGAGUGAGCGACAUAAUCAACGAGAACUGUUACACCUUGAAGGCUUUGGACAGCGAGGAAGUGAUUGGAAAUUACAAUUUAACACAGCUCAGACGGUACAAACAGUAUGAAUUGCAGUAACUUAUAACAUCGUUGAAUGUUUGUUUCAAGGUGGUAGUUAUGUUUGAAGUGAAGAAAGGGGUGAAGCAGAAUUGUUUAUUUGAUCAUUAAUUAUAUUUGCAUUUCGAAUGGAUAAAUGUAUGUUGCAUCUCUGAAGUGAUUAAACAUUGGAAGCGGCUAUUUUGUUGUGUUCACUGGAUAAUAGAAACCAGUGAGGACUUCUUGGCGCACCGCGCUGUCGACGUUAUUAUUUUUGUCCACUGAGCAAUGUAGGCCAGUGCGGACAUCUCGUGCAGUGAUUGCAUUACGUCGAUUUUAGUUGCCCACACCUAAAUGUGGUAGUGUGACGUGAUUAGCUUCAAUGUUAAGUAUUGAGCGAUGCCACAUUUUUUUUUCAUGAAGAAUUUUAUGGAAGAUUCGAAAUUUUGUUUUUUUCUGCCAAUUGCCUAAUUCACAGCGGACAAGAUAUCUACCAUGAAACUGAUAUUGCUGCAAGUCUAAUUUAACUAAAGAGCUGGCCCACAAACGAAGAACAACUGCUAGCUGUCAAUGGAAUGAGUACCUCGAGAUUAUUUCACACUAGCACUCCUCGUAUAUUGCUUGUCCAUGAGUUAGUCGCUAUUCUCUCAUUUAUACUUGUUAGAGUUGUCCUUAUACACUCGUUCUAACAUAUACUCCAAAACAAUUAAAGCGAAAAUAUUGAUUUCUAUUUGUUUACUUCUAUUGUUGAAAGAGAUUAUCCUAAUCUGUAUGAUGUCCUUCUCCAUGCUCCUGUUUAUUCUAUCGCGUUCUUUUUCUCUUCUUACCUUAUUCAUGUUUUCAUUACACAACACGACAUAUUACCUACAAAUCAAGAACUUGAAUGCUGUUGCAUUUAUUGGUAUUUAAGUGUGAUUUUCAUUUUUCGCACGCCUUGUCAUACAAAAAUAGGAAAUUGUUAUUGGUAAAAUAAUUACUAACUGAUUUUCUUUAUCUAAUAUGCAGUCAUAAGGGAUACUUAAAAUAAUAAAAUAGAAAUGCGGUUUCAAUUUGUUUAGAAACAACCUAUAUAUAUAUAGUAGGACUGUAAAUAUAAGAGAGCAUAGUUCUUAAUGAAUUUGUUGUUUUAUUCAUAUUACAUGAAUUAGUGAUGCAAACUUUAUUGUAGACGCAAUGUUAUGAAAUUUUAAAACUUAGAUGACAAGAGAAACGGUUAAUGAUAGGGAAUUGUAAAAUUAACCUACACCGACACCCAUUGAAAUAGGUGAACAUUAACAUUAAUUAAUACAGCCUCAUUAGGGAGUGAAGUGCGCGAAAACGAUCGUUGGUAUACGAUAUGCUACUUCGAUGGUAAUUCGCUAGCGAGUGAUUAAGGUCACAGUGCUUCGAUCUACACUCAUAUAAGUACAAACUUCAUCUGUUAAGACUUAUCGAUUUUUUGUAAAUUAUGUGAUUUUGUCAGCGAACAAGUACGUCCGAACAGACUAUAACAGUAUUAAGUAACAAAUCAAUUUUAUUCUUGGUACAGUUGUAUACAAAAGUAUUAUGUAUGAUUCAUGUUGUCAAUU